AUGUGUAUGACAAAGGGAGCUAUUGCUAUGGAUUUCAUUGUAUUGCCAAAAGCCUCAAAAAAUGUUACGAAGGAUAAACACAAAGCUAAGAAUCCAGACAACGGCAGACUAAUCGUGUGGAAGUAUGUUCCAGUGUUGCAUCAAAAUACUCUAACUUUAGGCGACAUUGCUAGAGAUUUUGAGAAGUACUGUAACGAGAAAGUUCUAAAAGCUCAAGCAGCAGGCUAAUUGAAAGAUUUCAAAAUGGAGUUCAGAAACUUUUAGAUUGAUGGGAAAAUUUAUGACAAAUCUUCUCUUGAUAGCACACCUAUCAAGGACAUUGUUUAAGAUGGAAAAUAGAUGACUUGUAACAUUUAUUAAGAAUUCAAAACAGUUUGCGGAUGCUGUCUAAGAGUCUUCCUAAUUUUGUAAUCAGAGCAAGGGAUUAAAAAAGCAAUCCUAAGAAGCUUAGAUUGUUUAAUAUUCUUGAGUUCCAAGCAAUCAACUCUAUUAGUAAGUUUGACUAAUAACUCCAAAGAAGGUAAAACAAGCUUAAAUCAAACAAAUGAGACUUUGGUUGAGACCUAAGAUUUUGAAGAAGACAGUUUUAGAGCCAAGAAACACAAAGUAGUUAAGGUUAAGAUUCCUAAAAGAUCUAGACUUUUUGUAUAAAUCAAUCAAACAAAUAAGUUCCCUACUACCGAUUUCAGAGCCCUUAAAAAAGGAUUAAAACAUUCAAUAGUAAUAUACUUAACCGAGGGAAAAAAAAUAAUGGGAACUGACAUACUAGAAGAUUACAAGAAGGAGCUCGAGAAUUUUAACUACGGCAUGUCUCUCUUCAGCAAGAUAAGGUCUAAGGAUGAAAAAUUAAUUUCAGAGAUUUAUCACAUACUUGGUGAAUUAUUUCGAAGAGUUCUUUAUUCUCGAAAAGUGAGUACGUUGAAACUUAUUUAGGACCCUCAGAUUUUAACAGUUAAUACUGAAGUAAGGCUACAAGACUACAACGAUUCCUGA